CUUCAAACAGAAUCCCAGCGCGUGUUUCUGCAAGAUCAUUAUCAGAGAGAGAGAGAGAGAGAGAGAGAGAGAAAACUGCUGCGGGACUCGACGCACACACACAAGGCGCGCGUGCACACACACGCACGCACGCACGCACACUCACGUCCAGAUGGAGUCCAGAGGUGCGAGGCUCUGUCCCUAAGUCCGAUCAAACCCAAGGAAAUACCAAAAACUGGAUUUUUUUUUUUUUUUUUUGCAUGCGACUCAGGCCUGGCGCUAUCCGAGCAGGACUUUGGAUUUUAUAUGCUAUAUUUUAUUUUUCUCCGCAGUGCAAAGGGAGUGUGUGGUUCGACCGAGAAGAGAAGAGAAGCGGUGCACUCGAACCCUACUGCUCCUGGUGCUGUUUUUCCUGCAGUUGAACUCCCAGUCGAACCCGUCCUGGAGCGCGUGCAGUUUCCUGCGCUAAAGCCCCCGCGGUGCGGAACCCUUUCAUCCCCGGUCCGGUUUGCAGCAGAGUCUCAACCCACUGCUCAUCAUCCGGCUCAUCAUCAUCAUCAUUAUUAUUAUUACGGAGAUUCCAAUUGACGCCAUUUUACCCUCAUAAACACCUUUAUUUUUUUUUUUUAUCCGAUUGCAAACUUGACAUCACUGAUCACAUUCAUGUCACCGGAUGGAUUUGCUUUUCAGGACGUCAGGGAGCGCUUAGGACAUGGUCUCACACCAGGAAAUAUAUACAUUUGCAAGAUUUGUACGAUUCAAGGAGCAAUAGAGUCAAGAUCCAUCACAUCCCUUUCUGACUGAAGACGAUCCACUGUCACCGGCACCCCCUUUGCGUCAUCUUGGCUCCCUUCUGGUUCCUACGUCUUGAACCAAGUCUUGGAAUCAUUGAUGGAGCAAAGGGACCUAACUCGCCUUUCGGGGCCCAAAGGGAACGAGGAGUUCUUCUCUACUGUGACCACCAUUAACAGGGCUGAUCUUACCGAGGUGGGCCUUCUAGCCACCCCAGUGAAGGGGCUUGGUCUGUCUGGUGAGCAGCAGGAACACGAGGAGGAUGAAGACCUCGGCCUGGGUAAAGAUAUGGAUGCCACUUCUAAUGCAGAUAGCGAGAAGUGGGUGCAGGGAGACAGCCUUGAGGAGCAGGAGUUCUCCAUCAAAGAGGCAAGUUUCUCAGAAGGCAGCCUCAAACUGAAGAUCCAAACCACCAAGCGGGCCAAAAAGCCACCCAAGAGCCUAGAGAACUACAUCUGUCCACCCGAGAUCCGUGUCACCAUUAAACAGCCUGGGGAGCCGAAGACAUCCAAGCAUGGCAAGAGCACUAAAGGUGGAAAGGAAGAAGACAGAGGACCCCCCAGAAAGAGGACCUAUGAGAGGCCUUUCAGGGUUGUGGCUCAAAAUGACAACAGCAUGAUGGAUGUGCUUGGGGAGAACCUGAGACCAAAACAUGAGCCCAAAACUGACAUUCAGCAACUGGAUUGGACAAAGCCAAUAUUAAGAGAGUCAGCAUCCCAAGGGGACCAAGUGAGAGAUCCGGAAUCAAAACAAGAAUCAACAACAUUCAAUAACAAGAGCCUUCUGUCAGAGGUCAACACCCCCUUCUCAAAGGCACAAGUUAAAAAGGUCACAGAAGGUUCAUCUGGAAGUCUGUUUGCCUCGGAAAUGACUUGUCCAGGUUCUGACUCACAGGCUACUUCUCCAGCUGAUACAACAAUGAGUGCAGAAUCAAAUAUGUUGAUGCACUCCUCUCUAAGCAAAGAAAGAGGUUUGCAGGAGGUGACUGAGCAAGUCUUUGGGAACAUCAAAAGGAAGUAUGGCAGAAGGACUCUGACCACCCAGAAUGGAGACCUGCCCUGGGCAAAAAAGAUUGACAAAGAGGGUGAGAAAACAGCUCAAGACAAUAUAAAGAAUAAACUAUUUAACCCUGAAAAAACUGAGACUCUGAGGGAGGAGGUAGAAAAAUCAAUGAAGAGGCCAGAGGGUGAUUUCAAAACAAUACCAACCUGUGUUCCACAUCACACAGAUGAACCUAAAAUCAAAAAGAAGAAAAGAAGAAGAUUAACUGACGAUAACAGCUUUCUGGAAGACAUACAAACCACACAGACAUUAGAAGUGAAAGAUAAGGCUGACCAAGGUGCUACCAAACCUAAAGUAGCAAACAAAAUGGAAUUGAGUACAGGAAAGCAAUUUGGUCUAGAUUCACAAAUGCUGGGGGAGGAGAGUAAUGCAGCAGGGCCAACUGCAGAAAUUUCUGAGAAUAGGCACAAGAAAAAGCAAGUUGGGGGAUCACAAUCGUUGAUUGAUCCAGAGAAGCAAGCCGAUGGGUGGCAAUCAAAGCUCAAGGGCAGAUGGGUUUAUUUGAAAUCUAAGGGCUCUGCUCCCCACAAAGACCUUAAUCCAGCAUUGCCCAUUGAAGAGCCACCUUCUGCUUUCCCCAUUACGCCAUCCAGCCCACUAUACACCAACACAAACAGUCUGACAGUCAUCACCCCCAUGAAGAAAAAACGGGGUAGGCCUAAAAAGCAACCAUUACUUACUGUGGAGACAAUUCACGAAGGAACAUCAACCAGUCCUGUAAGCCCUAUCAACCAGGAUUCACCUAGCACUUCAAAGAGGAGGAGGAAGAAACAUAAUUUGUCAAAAAUAAUGCAACAGGCCUUACAUAAUUCUUCAACUUUACCAGAGGUGAAAUGUAAGAGAACAGGCCAGGUUGGUGUCCUUAAAAAGAAAACGACUAAGAAAGUGAAACUGGUUAAAAUGCAGAGCAUUUUGAAUGAACUUCUGUCCUCUUCGAACACCAGUAACCUGGCCUUGAAAUCCAGUGUUCCGGUUUCCAGUGCUGUGUCAACUGUGGCAUCGACAAUUGAAGCCCGUUUAGGCAAGCAAAUCAAUGUCAGCAAACGUGGAACUAUUUACAUAGGCAAAAAACGAGGGAGGAAGCCCAAAGCUGAGCUUCAGACUCAGCAAGAUGAGCACAAAGCCAAUGAUGAGCACUUGUUGCCUGUUUCAAGUCAGUUUGAGAACCUUCUAGUGCCUUCUAAUUCAUCAUCAACAACCAGAAUGCCUUCGCCCAGGGUCAUGCAGUCUCUCUCAGCUCAGUCCUUAGCAGGUGGACUAGCACACCAUGCCACCAUAGAAACCAGCCAGCAUGACCUGAAGACCAUGCCAAAUCUACAACCUAUCAGUGCUUUGCCCACAAAAACUCAGAAGGGCUUGCUUAGUAGUAGCUGGAAACUCUCUCCUCCAAGACUUUUGGCCAACUCUCCAUCUCAUCUGUCUGAAGUGGCAUCCAUCAAAGAGGUCACCCUGUCUCCAGUUAGCGAGUCCCACAGUGAAGAGACAAUCCCAAGUGAUAGUGGCAUUGGUACUGACAAUAACAGCACAUCAGAUCAGACUGAGAAAGGUCCAGCAUCUCGUAGAAGAUACUCCUUUGAUCUAUGUGGUUUUGAAGCAGCAGAGGCUGCUGUGCUGGAAGCUACAAAUAAAACAACCAGAGGGCACUAUCAGAAGCAUGCAACAUCAGUGGCUAUGGAAAAUUUCCUUGCUCAAGAAAGCCUCAAGAAACAGAAACAUCGACGGAAGCGAAAGGGUCUAACAAGUAGGGAUGAUCUUCAGUUUCUGGCUGACCUUGAGGAACUCAUUAGCAAGUUCCAGAUCUUCCGAAUUUCCCACCGCAGCUACAAAUUUUACCAUGAGAACUCUUACCCCAGCAUUUUCCGCCUAAACUUUGACCACUACUACCCUAUGCCCUACUACCCCUAUGAUCCUGUACACUAUCUUCGCAGGAGCUCUGAAAAGUCAAAGAGAAGACGUGGCAGGCCAGCCAAAUCAAGUGAACCUAUAACAAAGAUGCCUUUCAUUCAAGGGUUUGGCUACUCAGCAGCCAGUGGCAAUUACUAUGCACCCUACGCAAUGCCUUACACAGCUAUGCCUCUUGCCACAAGUAUGAUGAACAUGGGGUAUUAUGGGCAGUAUCCUCCUCCUUUGUAUCUGUCCCAUGCACUUGGAUCUUCAGGCACUCAUCUCAUGCGGCCUCCGGUUCCUCCACCAAAGUUCCACUCCAGCGGGUUGUCUAGCCUCUCUGCUGGCAGCAGACAUAGGAUGAAGAACAUGCCCCAUGAGAUGUCUUCUCCCAGGAUGGGUGACACUCAUCAUCCAUCAAGCAGCUGUUUGGCGAGUGUCUGUCUCCACAAACGCAAACACAAGCAUAAGCACAAACAUAAGGAGGACCAGCACUCAGUCCCACAGAGAGAGAACCUUGGUGGACUCUUUAGUGGAGCCCUGCCUCUUUCUAAGAUAAAGGACACGCAGAGAAGCCAGCAAAGUAUGGAUACUUCAUCCAAGACAUCCAGGAACUACUUUGAAGUAGACACACUCUCAUCAUUGUCCUUAUCUGACUCUCAGAACUGUAAACAUCCUCGAGAAGAGCCACUGAACAACUUCCUGAACAUGUGCACUAAGCAACCACAUGAACGGCUGCGAGCCAACCAAGAUCAGCCAUUGGACCCAUUCAAGGGCCAGCACUUACAAGAUGAGGGUUCUCACAUCCGGAGUAGGAGGCAUAGCUUGGAAGAAUUUGCAGCAUACAGUGAGGGGGGCAUGGCACCUUUCCAGAAUGACACAGAAGAGAGGAUGAAGCAGAUGUACCAUUGUGGCAACACAGCCAUCGCAGAACUCGGCUCCUACAAGAAGAGGUGCAAGCGGAACGAGAUCGAGGAGAUGCAGAGUGACGUGCGGAAGAAGCACACAUUCUCCAAGAUCCUCACCAGCAAGAGAAGCCUAGACCAUGUCAACAAGAUCCUAAAGGUCAAGCGGCUCCAGCGGCAGGCCAAGACAGGCAACAACGUGGUGAAGCGGCGCAGGGGGAGGCCGCGAAAGCAGACACUUGCCUCCAGUGAAGGCUUCUUGCCUCAGAUGCCUGUGCUGGAAAAGUGCAUGGACUUUCCCGGAAAAAGGAACCUCCACAGCAACCCGAUGCUCACUCAGCCGGAGUUCUCCAGCCAUGACUCUAUCACAGAUGCCAUCGAGUCAGUGGUACACCAGGCCCGGGCACAGCCCAAUCCACAGACCCCACAGAUGGCCAAGCCCUACCCUAAAUAUCAGCCAGAGGAGCAGCUAGAGCGGCCAGUACGGCGAGGCAGGGGAAGCAGAAGGGAUGAACCAGCUUCUCAUUAAGAGUUUCAUGAAUAGUGCACUGUGAGUUUGACUUGCACUCCAACCUUUGGAUAAUUUCUAGGCAUUAUAGUUGUCUUUUCUUUUUAAUCAGCUCUACUGAACUGUACUUCAUGGGCAUUCUGUCAGAAUCAUGAAUGUGGUCUAAAAAGUGCCCCGCUUUCACUUUGUAUAUGCCAUCACCGCAAGUUCUUCUUCUUUUUUUUUUUUAUUGGAAAUGUUCUUGUGUUGAGCUUUUUACUCUCCCAAAGCCCAUAAGGAUUUUGAAACAAUGGCUGUAGCCAUGAUCUUACCAGCAAGUGUAAAUGAAAUUCUUUGAACUUCUAAUACGGUACUGUGCACUUUUGGGGUUUCUUUGCCUUUUUGCUUCUCUCAAGUCAAAGCACAGUGAUUACGAUAAAGAUCAGUGUCAUGAAACUGAUCAACUCUCUCACACACACACACACACACACACACACACACACACACACACACACACACACACUUGCCUGCGCUCAGGUUUGUUCCGGGCAUGAACUAAUGGCAAUACGUUGAAUUGAAUUGAAUUGAAUUGAAUUGAAUUGAAUUGAAUGAGACUCUUCUACUAUCUUCGAUGGCUAUAGUUUAACUGUACAUAGAAACGUACUCUACAAACAUUACAAAGUGAAAGUAUUUUAGAUUUACCUGUACUGUCACCAUAUCAACUAGAAACCUGUACGAUAUUCAAAUAAUGUUUUAACCAAAUACUAGAAAUAGAUGUGACGUACAAAAGCUUGUGUUCCAAUGGAAAUGAAACCUACAGUAUUUAUUAAUCACACCAUAACGAAGUGGAUGCAUCACAGAUUGAAGGAUUGUAUUAGAUAAUGGCAGUGUGUAAAGUCAAACCUUCAAAAACCUUAGCUAUAUACAUUAUACAGUAUACUCCGUUCAUCAUGCAUGAAAAAAAAAAUCCUAUUCUUGCAUUUAAAAGCAACACAGCACUUACUCCAGUCUCCUUAUACAUAUUACAGAUUAGUAUUACACAUCGUCAGUGAUUAUUUUUAUCCGAAUAACCGACAAUAUCUGGAAAACUAUUUUAGUAAUAUCAGUUAUCGAUGAUUUCAAUCAGUUGCUCGACAAACACAGUAACUGAGUUGCCUUUUCCAGAGUCUAUUUGAGAACGUGCCUGCUCAUAGUAGUGAUAUAAAUAAAAAAAAUAAUAUUACUUUAUUACUUAUAAAGUAAUAAAAUAUAUUGACAUAACAGUCAGUAUUAGAUAUCCACACAACCAAAGGUUCAGUCGUGUUGUAGUUCAUAUUAUAGGUGGAUUUUGGUUUAGGUGCGUGUAGAAAGUGUAACAGAUGGAAAUGUGUGGAUCCGAGAUGUUAGACUUCAUUACUGUAUACAGCUUAGCAUCUGAAACCAGGCUUCAGUAUAGUGCAGUGGUUCGACGCUCUUUUAGAAAUGUAUAUUCACAUGAAAUGGUCGUAAUGCAGAAAGCGCUGUUGUGUGGUUUAUUUCUCAGUUCAUAUAUGUGCCUUAUGUUUGUCAAUAAGUCCAUAACAUUUCAGCUACAGGGAACUACGAAUGGCAAGAAAUAAUGUUGAACUUACACAUAUUAUUAGUAUCCACACACGGUCAUGAAUGUACAUAUGCCUGCUCUUUCUCCUGCUCCUUAGAUCUGUUAUUGUUUAGACGCACUUACGCAGAUAAGAUCAGAGGGGUCUUAUUAAAAUGAUCUGCUUUCUACAUAGCUUUCUGACGUGAGAUAACGGUAUUGAUUUGAAUCCGAAUCGUCUGUUUGUAAAAUGAAAAGCAGAGGCCAAACUGUGCUUGCGACAAUUCAAACAAGACCAUAACACAUAUUAAAAAAAAAAGAUACAAAAUGUCCUAACAAAUAUUCCAGCACCAGUUAAGCAGUUAAGGGUUAUCACGAUGUGUGUGAUCUAAAUUACUGUGCAUCGGGUCCUACUUGCAAAUUGACAGAUAAAAAAAGACUCUUUUUUUCUCCCUUUGUUCAGUUCAAGUUGUCAAAGUGGUCUUAUUGAAAGUAAUCGAUUUACGGUUAUUUAGCGCAAAAGUCUUUUCGCACAAGUUCUAAAGUCUCUUUGCACAACUCUAAGUUCUUUAGCGCAAGAUCCUUAAUCUUUAUUAUCAAUACUUACUGAUCAUGUUUAAAGAUGUUUGAUUUAUUUUUUUAUGAAAGUUGCCGAGAUUCCGAUUGAAAACGAGCGACUGUAUUUCCGCACGCCGCCAUCUUGAAACCGCCGUGUCUCAUGUCGCCCGUAUGUUGGCCACCGAUCCUCCCUCCAAAUUAUUUAACACAGUACGUACCUUGACACAGUACACCGCUACAGCCAACUUCCAGGUUUGUUUUGUCUUUAUUAAAGUGCUCAGCUUAAAUUAUAUCAUAUAUAUCAUACUUACAAUUUGCUAAUUUGAUAAAGAAUGAAAAGUCAUUUUUAUUCUCAUUGAAUUUUUUUUUCAGUUAAAGACUUUGUAGCUUUAUUAGUCAAAUACAUAUGAAAACAGUAAUAUGUGAUAUCAAAUCGACUUUUAAUAAUUUGAGUAAGUUUUUAGGAAUAGAUUCCGCUCUUAGGGCAGCACGGUGGUGUAGUGGUUAGCGCUGUCGCCUCACAGCAAGAAGGUCCGGGUUCGAGCCCCGUGGCCGGCGAGGGCCUUUCUGUGCGGAGUUUGCAUGUUCUCCCCGUGUCCGCGUGGGUUUCCUCCGGGUGCUCCGGUUUCCCCCACAGUCCAAAGACAUGCAGGUUAGGUUAACUGGUGACUCUAAAUUGACCGUAGGUGUGAAAGUGAGUGUGAAUGGUUGUCUGUGUCUAUGUGUCAGCCCUGUGAUGACCUGGCGACUUGUCCAGGGUGUACCCCGCCUUUCACCUGUAGUCAGCUGGGAUAGGCUCCAGCUUGCCUGCGACCCUGUAGGACAGGAUAAAGCGGCUAGAGAUAAUGAGAUGAGAUGAGAUGCCGCUCUUAGUCGGCGAAACACAUCACUGUUAAGCAGGGCAAGAGACUGUAGCGGUUCAGUGUUCGUGGGAGGAGCACAGAGGACGGCAGGACAGAGAUCAGGUUUGACAGGUCGUUUUAUUACCACACUUUUCAGCUUAAUAAUUAUGUGCACUUUUCAGACACACACACACAUUCAGCGUCUGGUUCAGCAAGAGCUCCUCUGCUCUCGCUCUCCCUCCUUAAGUAGGGCGCGGUCACUGGGAAGACACAAACACAGGUUAAUUGCUCUCAGGUGUAGUGAAUCUGCCACUCACCUUCCCUGACUCCGCCCUCCUGUCACAGACCGGCGCUUGACCACGCCCCCGCUGCCACAGAGACAUAAUCCCCCGGGUAAUUAAUUUGGCAAACACGUAAUUAUUGACAGUUGAAUUUGUGAUAUGAUCAGAAGUGGCUGAAGUCAUCUAUGAAGGUGCCGACAAUUCAAGGCUUAACUACAAAUAUCCAAAGACACCAAAGAAUCGGAUUUUCAGUCCACGUUUCAAGGAUCAAUAACCUUAAAAUGCACAGCAGCAGAAAUUCUGGUUUCCAGUCCCUAAGCAAUCAUAAUAAACCCCUUCCUAUAUCAAGACGAGUAUUUUGAUGACCAUAAUCCAGAGUUGUGCUAAGAGACUUUAAAACUUAGGCUAAAAAACUUUAGACCUGUGCUAAAAAACUUUUGUGCUAAAUAACCGGAUACCGAAGUAAUCUUUUUUCCCUUUCAUCCUUUUUUUGCAAACUAUCCCCCCCCCCCCCAAAUCUUAAUGCUGCAGAAAAAGAAAAAAAAAAUCCGCCACUGAGCAGGGGAGCCUUAAUCAUAUUACAUUACAUUCAACAAAGUAAACCCUGUAAAUAGUAGAAUCACCUGUCUGUUACUGAACAGCUCACAAUGUGAACUGGCUCUUCUUAUUAGGAAUAAAUGCCGGAGAUUAGAACAUACCAUAGCCCGGAGCCUAAGACUGUGCAGCUUCAGUGAUCAUUUCGUCAGAGCAGAAUGUGGAGUCAGAGAAUGACUUGUGGUGCAUUAGAGCCAAGUCAGAUUUGGCAGCUAUUCCCGUCUGCCUGUUGUACUACAUUGGUACAUUGGACACUUCAGCAUGUCUCCUGGUUAGGACUGGCACCUCAAACCACCUGGACGCUUUGCCAAAAAGAAAGACAUCCAUCACUCAGUGCUAAACUGAAAAAGUAAACCAAAUUAUAUACGGUAGCAGUAUUCCAAAACAGUACCAUCAGUCUUUAGUUUAUCAAGGAGGUGUUAAUAGCAAGGUGUUUGGCAGCUCAUGUUUUCUCUACCAGCUGAUAAAAUGGUGCCUUGUGAAAUUAAGGUGUUUCCCCCCUUACAUUCUGGCUGUUCAACAAUAAUCGUAAUUCAUUAGACUGUAUUGUGUCGUGUAAAUAGUGUGACCUGACUAGAUACAAAGGUUUAUUCAGUUCCUGAUCAAGAUUGCAUACAAAACAUCAAUUUCAUCCAAAUAUUAUCAACAUGUUCAUCUGUUAAGCUCUAAUGCGAUUGAAGAAAUUCCAGUGCAAAUGAAGUAUUAAUGUAAUUGAAGGGUAAUGUACUCAAUAAGGGCACAACAUGAGUUCAAUUCUGCAUAUUUGUUUGUUUUUUGUUUAUUUUUAAUAGGUACUAUGACCAUUUUGAUAAUACUUUACAUUUUCUGAACCUGCAUGCCCUAAUUGAUUGUAUGCACACAAAUUUUGAAGAAUAUCGAAUUUCAAUUUGGAGAUCUUAUACAUUGUUUGAUAAGUUUUUUGAAUAACUAGUUUUUAAUUCAUAAAACAUUUUUGUAAAUUGUAUGAAUAAGAAAAAAAGCAAUUAAAGGACAUAUAUGGGAAAGAAUAAAUAUUGAGAUACGCAAGCAUAUGCAUUGUACAUAAAUGUAUGUAGGAAUACGCCCUCAUGUUUUUGUGUACCUGUGUAUACACACGUUUAAAGAUAUGUAUACUGCACUGUACAUAUGUACAUACAUUUAAGCUCGCAUGUGUUUGGUCAUAUUUGUUGUUCAUGAUCUUGUAGAGUUCUUUUUUUUUAUUAUUAUUUCUCUUUCAAGUUCAACUUUUUUGUGCGACCAUCUCAGUGCAGUAUUGAGCACUUAAAUACACUUGAUCUUGCUCAUGUCAUUCAUUGUGCAAAAAAAAUAAAUAAAAUAAAAUAAAAAAGAAAAGGAAUUUAUCAAAUUGA